AUGAUGUUGGAUGAAUUGGUUGAUCUAGACGAGGAAAGGUUAAAUGCCUUAGAAAUACUAAGGCAACAAAAGAAGAGGAUUGAAGUCUCUUAUAAUAAGAAAGUGAAAGUUAAAAGUUUUACGCCUGGAGAUUUGGUCUGGAAAGUGAUCCUUCCAAUGGAUCGAAAAGAUAGAGCCUUGGGGAAAUUGUCUCCAAAAUGGGAAGGUCCUUUCCAAAUGUUGCAGAUAUUUUCUAAUGGUGCCUGUGAGAUCGAAGAGCUUAGUGAAGAUAGGACGAUUCUAAGAGUAAACGGGAAAUAUUUGAAAAAAUAUAAACCGACUAUCCAAGAAGUAAAAAUAAGAGACGAAUAA